AUGAGCAGCGGCGGUGGCGGCGGCGGAGGAAGCCCCAACAACUCGGAAUGGCGCUUCAACCAGACACUCCGCAACGUGCAAGGAAUGCUCAAAGGACGAAGCUUUCCUGGGAAGGUUAUGCUAACCCGAAGAUCUGAGCCUAUUUCACCUCCUGAAUACUCCCCACGCUCUGAGAAUGAUCGCUAUGAAUAUGAACAAAAUGGAGGCUCACAGGAGGUAGAAGGGCAAGCAUCUGGAAACACAACUGACAACAUUAGUUCUAAGAAACCAAUUUCACCAUCGACAAGUAGCGUCAAUUCAUUACCAGAUGCCCAAGGUUUAGUUUCCGGGGCUAGAGCAACAGAUUCCGCAAGGAUUACCAAAUUCACAAAUGAACUCUCUAGGCCAGCUGUUAUAUUAGAUAAAUUGCGCGAAUUAUCUUGGAGUGGCGUGCCACCUUAUAUGCGACCUAACAUAUGGAGGCUUCUUUUGGGAUAUGCACCACCUAAUGCGGAUAGAAGAGAAGGUGUUUUAACGAGAAAAAGACUUGAGUAUGUAGAAUGUGUUUCUCAAUACUAUGAUAUUCCGGAUACUGAACGCUCAGAUGAAGAGAUUACCAUGCUUCGCCAGGAUCCUCAGAUUCAGAAAUCUUUGGAGCGCAUUUUAUAUACCUGGGCCAUCCGGCACCCUGCAAGUGGAUACGUCCAAGGAAUAAACGACCUUGUUACACCGUUCUUGAUUGUGUUCUUAUCAGAGCACUUAGAAGGCAAUCUGGACACUUGGUCCAUGGAAAACCUUUCUUUGCAGGACGUUUCUAACAUAGAAGCAGACUGCUAUUGGUGUCUCUCAAAGUUUCUUGAUGGCAUGCAGGACCAUUACACCUUUGCACAACCAGGAAUACAACGCCUUGUAUUCAGAUUGAAAGAGUUGGUUCAUCGAAUAGAUGAACCUUUAUCCAAGCACAUAGAGGAACAAGGAUUGGAGUUCCUUCAGUUUGCCUUCCGUUGGUUCAACUGUCUUUUGAUACGCGAGGUUCCUUUUCAUCUUGUGACACGCUUGUGGGAUACCUAUCUUGCUGAAGGAGAUUAUCUACCAGAUUUUCUCGUGUACAUAUCAGCUAGCUUUUUGUUAACAUGGUCAGAGAAGCUGCAGAAGCUGGAUUUCCAGGAGAUGGUCAUGUUCCUCCAGCACCUGCCGACCAGGAACUGGGCGCACCACGAGCUCGAGAUGGUCCUCUCCAGGGCGUACAUGUGGCACACGAUGUUCAAGAGCUCGCCCAGCCAUCUCGCCAACUAG